GAAAGAGAGAGAGAGAGAAAGAGAGAGAGAGAGAGCGUGCACGAGCAUGCGUGAAAGAGCAGCUCUCUCAGGGCGAUUAUAACGAGAAAAGAGAGAGAGAGGGAGGAAGACAGAUUAAACAGACUGAACGCAACUGUUGUUUUAAUCCUCUGAGCGGAUAGAUUUAGAGAAAACCCCCUCCUGGUUUGGAGAAGAGCAGCCAUAUUGCAUGGACCUUCGGUGGAGUAAUAACACGAGUCACCGGAGCAGAGAUACACGGAGUUCACGAGCAAACGAUCCGCUCAGCAGCCGACUGACAACUCGUACAGAACACUUUCCCGGUUCAUUUGACUUUCUCCUAUUUAUUAUUUAUUUAUUUUAUUUUUAAGAUAGUGUUCAGCAGUAGAUUGAAAGAUGAAGGACCGACUGGAGCAACUAAAGGCGACUUGCGAUCAUGAUGAUGAUGAUGUUGAGAUCGCUGUGGACAACGCUGCCUUUAUGGAUGAGUUCUUCUCUCAGAUUGAAGACAUCAGGAACAGCAUUGAUAAGAUCGACGAGAAUGUGGCCGAAGUGAAGAAACUAUACUCGGUUAUUCUUUCUGCACCAACAUCAGACCAGAAAACGCAGGAUGAUUUGGAGGCACGUACUAACGAUAUCAAGAAAAUGGCCAACAAUGCUCGUAACAAACUGAAGACCAUUGAAAGGAAUCUAGAGAUGGAAGAAGUGGAGAGAGUAUCGGCCGACUUGAGAAUACGCAAAUCACAGCAUGCCGUACUUUCCAGGAAGUUUGUUGAUGUGAUGACCAAAUACAAUGAAGCCCAGGUUGACUUCAGAGAGAAAAGCAAAGGUCGCAUUCAGAGACAAUUAGAGAUCACUGGUAAAACCACAACUGAUGAGGAGCUGGAGGAGAUGCUGGAGGGAGGAAACACAGCUGUUUUCACAGCAGGGAUUGUGGAUUCAGGGAUCUCUAAACAAGCGCUGAGUGAGAUCGAAGCACGUCACAAAGACAUUGUGCGUCUGGAGAGCAGCAUAAAGGAACUGCACGACAUGUUUGUGGACAUCGCCAUGCUGGUGGAGAGCCAGGGCAACAUGGUUGAUAACAUUGAGGUGAAUGUAGGUAAAGCAGUCGAUCACGUUGAAGCGGCAAAAGAUGAAACCAAGAAAGCUGUCAGGUAUCAGAGCAAAGCCAGGAAGGGUGGUAUGAUUGAGAGGAUUGAGAACAACAUGGAUCAGUCAGUGGGUUUUGUAGAGCGGGCGGUUGCUGACACUAAAAAAGCCGCUAAAUUUCAGCAGGAGGCUCGACGUAAGAAAAUGAUGAUCAUGCUUUGCUGUGUGAUUCUGGGGAUUGUUGUCUUUUCUUACCUUUACAGCUUCUUUUCUUAAUGGCUGAAGUGACUUCGAGACCACAACUAAACCUGCUCCCCUUAUAUCUCCUGCUCAGUUCGCCUCAUAUUUCAGAGAUCCAGUCCUUUGUAGUGCUUCAUCCAGACGACCCCGUCUCUCAGAGCACCGGAGCGCCCCCAGCCGCUCACCAACAGACGGACGGAUCCUAAAGAAAGCAGCCCACAGAGACACGGCCCUUUAGGAGUUC